AGUUCAAAUCAGGAAGUAUAAUAUAACGAAAUAGAUAAUAUAGAGAUAUCAUGAUAUCGGGAUUCGACAUAAACGAUUUGAUUGUAGGAAGAAACGUUUUAACGUUCGUAUUCCGAUGUCAAAAUUUUCCAUCAAAAAUUUUUUCCAAUAUUAAGUACUAAAUAUGUCCUUUUAACGAGUUAUGUUGAUUUAUGUCGAUCAAGAGCAUCGCUUUACCAUAGGGAUAUACGUUUAAAUUAUUAUAUUCGUAAUUUAUGAGCGUCUAGAGAUAGAGAUAGGUUAUGAUAAAACAUUUCCCCGCUAUGUAUUCGCUAAGAUACGAAGAUACGAUAAAUGAAUCUUCAAAUCGAAUUCGGAGCACUCGAUUACAUUCGAAUCGAUGGUAUUCCUUUGUAUAAAUUGUUUACAAAUAAAAUGUCACCGUAUGAACACUUCUGACAAUAUGUACGUUAAGGCAUACACGAAAACAUUGUGAUAACGAGACCGAGAAGUUCCAAGGCAACAGUAGUUACAUGGCGUAACGUGUACGUACAGAGAAUUAUCUGAUUAAUGCACAAGUAUAUAACUACAUCGAUACAUGCGUAUAGAAUUCCUUAUUUAUGAUUCGUAAUUCAAAGUUCAAUAUUAUAAGUGCAGAUAGAUCAAUCUGUCGUUUCAGAGAAAAGAAACUUUUAAAGGACAUUCGAUGUGAUAAACGAUGCCUACGAAGAAUGUGGUAGUUGAUUGGACAACCAACGACGUUGGUGUUUGGCUUGCAGAAAAUGGACAUUUAAGUUUUUCCUCAUUAUUUAAGAAGCACGACAUAGACGGAAAGGUACUUCUAACGUUAAAAGAGGAAGAUUUAAAAUCCGUAGCCAUACAGGCGAAUAAAACUAUAGGAGACUUAAAAAGAUUGUGUAUCAGUAUUAAACAAUUACAAAGAGACAACGUCGCGAUGCUGUUCGAGUUGGGAUGCGUCGAUUUGUUCACCGCGCCGCACUUUUACGGCCAUAACAAACACGAAAUGCCCAGCGCUGGUACAAAUAACGAAGGUUCCAUAGAGAAUGAAUUUUAUUCAGCUUCUGUGUCGGAAGACGGGCACGCGUCUCACUUGCCGCCUGAAAUAUGGAAAACCUUUAUUAGUUUGGCAUAUUUAUUUAUUGUUACUUGGAUUACUGCCUUUGUGAUGGUAAUAGUGCACGAUCGAGUGCCAGAUAUGAAAAAGUAUCCACCUUUGCCUGAUAUAUUUUUGGACAACGUUCCUCAUAUACCCUGGGCAUUCGACAUGUGCGAAGUUACUGGCACUAUACUUUUUGCCAUUUGGCUCAUUGUUCUUAUUUUCCAUAAGUAUAGAUUUAUCUUAUUACGGAGAUUUUUCGCCCUCUUUGGUACAGUCUUCUUAUUGCGAUGCGUUACAAUGCUGAUUACAUCUCUCUCUGUACCUGGCGCACAUUUGCAAUGUCAACCGCGUAAGAUGCCAGACGAAGGUUGGACUAGUUCUGCAUAUGUGGAAUUAUAUAAUAAGAUCGCAAUGGCUUACGUUAUCUGGCGUGGUGCCGGUAUGUCAAUACAAGGUGUUAGAACUUGCGGCGACUACAUGUUUAGCGGCCACACGGUCACAUUGACCAUGCUGAAUUUUUUUAUCACUGAAUAUACCCCAAGACAGCUCUACUUCCUUCACACCUUUACAUGGAUGCUUAAUAUGUUCGGUAUCUUUUUUAUAUUGGCCGCCCACGAACAUUAUUCCAUCGAUGUGUUUGUAGCGUUUUAUAUAACUUCUCGAUUAUUUUUAUAUUAUCAUACCUUGGCCAAUAAUCAAGCACUGAUGCAACGUGACUCAAACAGAACUAGAAUUUGGUUUCCACUUUUUAGUUUUUUCGAAUCGUCCGUCGAUGGGAUCGUACCGAACGAAUAUGAGUCCCCGUCGUUAAUCAUUUAUAAUCUAGUAUGUAGAGGGAAAGAUGUUUGCAACUUUCUACGAUCGUUUAUCUACUUUCGUAAGCCGCGGAGCAACGUAAAUGGUAAUAUAAACAGCACAAGGAAGGAACGCUAAUAUAAAUAUUUCAAUGUUUUACAAAUUGGUUAUUGUCGUUUUCGAAAUUUGUCAAUAUGAAAUCAAAUGGAAAUGUUUAAUUUCGAUGAUAUUAAUAACUGAAGGAUGUUUUAUAUUUUAUCAAAUUGAUAAAGUUGAAUGCACCGAUUUUUCUAAACUUGUAAAUAUUCUUAAAGUGCUAAUCACAUCUAAAAGGCAUUCCUUUUAAUUAAUACUAUUAACGUGUUACCUUAUAUUAUUUCGAAAUUUAGAAUGGAGCAUUCGCUAUUCUAUCACUUAUAUAUUGAAUAAUGCUUUUUAUUUGAUAGCUUUGUUUAUUUUUUCAUCAAAUAAGAGUACAAUUUAUGGGAAAAAUGCUUCAUUUUAGAAGCUCCUAAUUUUACAAAUAAAUUCUAUGAAAAUAUUGUAGUACAGAAGAAGGCUUAGUAAGAAUGAGUGCACAAUUUGAUAUUAAUGAACUAACAAUUCUUCCCUAUAUUAAUUAAUUCGAUAAGUUUUUCCUGUAAUGAAAGCCAAAAAAUUCAUAUGGGCGACUAACCCAUUCGUUUGUCUCAUUAUCUGUUGGAAAAGAAAGAAUGAAAAGCAAAAAAAGAAAAUAACGUAAUUAACAUAAGGACAAUGUAUUAGUGUGAAAUGCGGAGUGGGGAUAAAUAACGGGAUUGUACAAAGUACCGAUACUAUAAUAGAGUUUAUACGCAUAGAUUGUUUUAUACGAAAGGAGA